AUGGCAGACAACACGCUCAUCCACGACUCCACAGCAAGCAAUGAACCACCACAGUACCGUGCACCGGACCAGGUCGUUCUGAGCGAAACAUCCGAAGAAUCCUCCGAAGCACACGAUACCUAUCGUAGUUUUAACUACGGCUAUCGUUCUUCAAACCGCUCCGAUGAUGAAUCCGCCGCUGAUGAUGAGGACGACGAAGAAGAUCCCUAUCAGGAGUUGUUUAUGAAUGCGUACCGCUCUGCACCACAAUCGUCGGAUGAGGAAGAGACCGGAACGGAUGCGAAUAACUGUACGAAUCCUGCUGCUAAACCGCUAUGCCUGAUGGAGGAUUGGGAUCUUUGGGAUUAUUUGGACGAGACGGAACUGAAGGUACGGUUGAAAGAUCAUCCACGGCUGCUGGAAGAAAUUACACGCAAACGAAAACGGCGCCUGCUAGAGGAAGAGGAAGCAGCAACGGCACGGGAAGAUGACGAACUUUGCCUAGUGAUGAAUAGAGCCGUGAAGUGCAUCCGUACGGAACCAUCCAAGUUGACCAGUUAG